AUGUCAUCGUCGUGUAGGCAGGCCGUCCGGCCGCUGCGGCGAUGCCUCAACGGCGCCACCACGACAACGCUGCCGAUACGAAGGAGCAUCUCGACGACACCGGCCCCCGCCGCGCAGGUGCAUAAGGUGGUCUACACAAGACCCGAGGAGACGGAUCCCUUCGAGAUGGACCCGAACACAGCGGUAGCGCCUUGGGCCGAGAAAGAUCUCUGGAAAGCCGGAACGCCGCCCGUGGGUUCGCGACGUCGCCGUUACGCCAUUCGCACGAGCCAAAACCUCCCCUUCGAGCAGCUGCCGUAUCAGGCGUUCCAGGAGGCGCGCAAGAUUCUGGCGGCUGACCGCGAGGAGAAGCUGGCUGCUAUCGUUCGCGAGUCGGCCAAGAUCAAGAAGUUGGAGGGUCUCGAUGGGAAGGAUAUCAAGGGCGGAGAGAGGAUGCGCCAGAUGAAGCUGAGCAGUCUGCGCAAGCAUGUUGAGGAGCUCAAGAUUCUGGCGGAUAUCAAUGACCCGGCUGUGAAGAGGAGGUUUGAAGACGGACUCGGCGACAUGAGCAAGCCCAUCUACCGCUUCCUCGCCGAGCGCAAGUGGCGCAGCUACGAGGCGAAGCUGACCGAGCAGCGUAUCGAGCAAUUCAACAUCAUCCCCGACAUCCUCCCCAAGCUGACGCCCUCCUACGAUGUUCAACUCUGGUUCCGCCGCUCCAAGGUGCCUCCGGGCAAGGUCCUCCCCAGCAACGUCACCGAGGUACCCCCCAAGCUGCGCGUGACACCCUUCACCGCCGGCGAGCGCCUCGUGUCCAUCGUCAUCAUGGACUCGGACGUUCCCCAGAUCGAGACGGAUAACUUCAGCAAGCGCUGCCACUACCUCGCCGUCAACGUCCCCGUCUCCCCGACCGCCACCUCGAUCCCCCUCUCCAAGCUCCGCGACCCCUCUCAACUGGCCGUCCCCUACCUGCCCGCCUUCGCGCAAAAGGGCAGCCCGUACCACCGAUUGUCCAUCUUCAUUCUCGAGCAGGGCGACCAGCGCCUCGACGCUUCUAAGCUGAAGGAGCUGUACUCGGGCCGCGACGGCUUCUCGCUUAAGUCGUUCCGUGACAAGUUCAAGUUGAGCCCCGUGGGCUUCAACAUCUUCCGUACCGUAUGGGACGAGAAUACGGCCGGCGUGAUGGAGCGCGCGGGCAUGCCGGGAGCGGACAUCGAGUUCCGCCCGACGCGCGUGUACUCGCUCAAGCAGCCGAAGAAGGCGCGUGGUUGGGAGGCGAAGCGCCAGGGACCGAAGUACAAGCACCUGUGGAAGUACACCAAGCGUAUCAAGGGAUACUCCAACGCCAAGGGUCUUAUCAGGAAGUAG